CCGCUGCGGGAGCGGCACCGGGAGCGGCACCGGGCAGGCCGCCGGCGGGACGAGCAGCCCGAGGGCGGCGGCACUCUGGGGCUGCAGCCGCGCCAGCGCGACGCGGUGAGGGGCGGCGGCGCGGGGAGCGCCCCGGGGGGUGGCGAUGGCGCUGCGGGCGCGGGCGCUCUACGACUUCAGGUCGGAGAACCCGGGUGAGAUCUCGCUGCGGGAGCACGAGGUGCUGAGCCUGUGCAGCGAGCAGGACAUCGAGGGGUGGCUGGAGGGCGUCAACAGCCGCGGGGACCGCGGGCUCUUCCCGGCUUCUUACGUGCAGGUGAUACGCGCCCCCGCCGCCGAGCCGCCGCCGCCCGCCCGCUACGCAAACGUCCCCGUCGGCGGGUUCGAGCCGCUGCCGCCCCCCGCCGCCUUCAAGCCGGCGGCGCAGCAGCCCCCGCCCGAGCCCUUCCCGCCGCCCCCCGCCGGGUAUCCCUUCCCGCCCUAUGGCGGCUCGUACCAGCCCAGCCAGGGCAGCGAUGACGACUGGGACGACGACUGGGACGACAGCUCCACGGUGGCCGACGAGCCGGGCGCCCUGGGCAGCUCCUACCCCGACUACGAGGCGGCGGGCGGCGGCGCUUCGGGCCGGUACCGGCUGUCCACCCGCUCGGAGCCGUCCCUGGGCCCCCGCGGCGCGGGGCACCCGCCGGGACACCCGCACCCGCCCGGCGGCGGCGGCGCCGCCAAGAGCUCGGCCACGGUGAGCCGCAAUCUCAAUCGCUUCUCCACCUUCGUCAAGUCCGGCGGAGAGGCCUUCGUGCUGGGCGAGGCAUCGGGCUUCGUGAAGGAUGGGGACAAGCUGUGCGUGGUGCUGGGCCCCAGGGGCCCCGAGUGGCAAGAGAACCCCUACCCCUUCCAGUGCUCCAUCGAGGACCCCACCAAACAGACCAAAUUCAAGGGCAUGAAGAGCUACAUCGCCUACAAGCUGGUGCCCAGCCACACCGGGCAGCAGGUGCACCGCCGCUACAAGCACUUUGACUGGCUCUACGGGCGCCUGGCCGAGAAGUUCCCUGUCAUUUCCGUGCCCCACUUGCCAGAGAAGCAGGCCACUGGCCGCUUCGAGGAGGACUUCAUCUCCAAACGUCGCAAAGGCUUGGCAUGGUGGAUGGACCACAUGUGCAGCCACCCCGUGCUGGCUCAGUGUGAUGCCUUCCAGCACUUCCUCACCUGUCCCAGCACGGAUGAGAAGGCCUGGAAACAGGGCAAGCGCAAGGCUGAGAAGGAUGAGAUGGUGGGUGCCAACUUUUUUCUGACCAUCAGUGUCCCCACAGGCCCUGGGGCCAGCCUGGACUUGCAGGAGGUGGAAAGCCAGGUGGAUGGCUUCAAAGCCUUCACUAAGAAGAUGGAUGAGAGUGCCCUGCAACUUAAUCACACAGCCAACGAGUUUGCCCGCAAACAAGUCACUGGUUUCAAGAAGGAAUACCAGAAGGUGGGGCACUCCUUCAAGUGCCUCAGUCAGGCAUUCGAGCUGGACCAGCAGGCCUUUUCAGCUGGCCUCAACCAAGCCAUAGCCUUCACUGCAGAAGCCUAUGAUGCCAUCGGGGACCUCUUUGCAGAUCAGCCCCGGCAGGACCUAGAUCCUGUGAUGGAUUUGUUAGCGCUGUAUCAGGGGCAUUUGGCCAACUUUCCGGACAUCAUCCAUGUGCAGAAAGGAGCCCUUACCAAAGUAAAGGAGAGUAAGCGGCACGUGGAAGAGGGGAAGAUGGAGCUCCAAAAAGCUGAGGGCAUUCAAGAACGUUGUAACAUUAUUUCUUUUGCAACCCUUGCAGAAAUUAAUCAUUUCCACAAAAUUCGAGUGAGGGACUUUAAAUCACAGAUGCAGCAUUUCUUGCAACAGCAAAUACUCUUUUUUCAAAAAGUGACACAAAAGCUAGAAGAAGCUCUUCACAAGUAUGACAGCGUUUAGUCUCUGAUUUGCGGACUUUGCUCAGCAAGAACGUGACCGAGGUGGCGGGGCAAAUGCUGCUGAAGAGCUGUUGCCAGUGGUAGAUGGCGGUACGGGGAUGGGUUUGUGAUCACCUGGAACCCGGGUUUAAUCUCGAUUAUGUAGAAAGGAAACAGUUAUAGGGCUAUGUAGUAGAAACAGUACCAUGCAUUGUAACUAAGUUAUACUGUGUAUGCCUAUACCAUUGUAACUUUUUUGAAAUAAUGAGUAUACUAUUUGCCUUAUUGCUUUUUGAAAUACGGUAUCUUAGUACAUACUUCGUAGACCUCAAAACCCUUUGGGUAUUUAAGGAAGUUGGCUAGAUAAAAGCCGACUUCAUAUGCCUUUUUACUUUCCUAGAUUUGGAUUUCCUAAAUUCAAACAAUUCUCUGUUUACAGACUCCUACUAGAGCAGCUAUGUGAUUCUGUGCCUUUAGACUCUAUUUUUCCUUUUCUAGUAAGUCACAUUUUUAUGAUUAAAUGAAUGAAGGGUUGAUGCCUAUGAUGGGAACUGAUGAUGAAACCUCACAUUGACUGGAAAAAAAUCAGCUGCCAUCCAGUUUGCAUAGCAAGUACUUUCUUAUGACACAUGUUGGCUCAAAAGGGAAAAGUUAAAUUUUUCACACUUUCCCUGGAAAUGGAGACUUACUUGUUACAUGUUCUAGGAUGUUAAGCACAUGUAAAAAAAUACACCACUUAAUUCCCUUUCUGAAAUAAGUAAUACAGUGAGGGGUGGUUUUUUUGGUGGUUUUUGUGGGUGUUUUUUUUGAUUGUUUUUUCUUUUUUUUUUUUUUGGUAUACAGCAUUACUGUAAGUGGAAAUUUGAAGAGUUAGCCUAAUAAAAUUUUCAUAUAUAAGGGGAUAUUAAUGCAAGCUAUGUGGCUGCAAUAUUUUUUUUAAGUUUCAGAUUAUUUGCUCUUUGUUCAGUUGGUGAUUCAGUUGAACUUCAGACUUGUAUCUGCAUUGCCAGUUGUCUGAGUUGAAACUCCACUGUGAUUCCUUAGUUUGCUAAGUUAAAAGUUUUCGGGGAUUUUCAGUAAUAUAAAUGAUCUGAAGUCUUGGCUGAACUGACUUGGAAAACAAGUGGCAUUUUUAUGUUUGUAACACUCAAGAAUUAACAAUUGUCUUAAUUUUUGUAUAAAUAUUUUUGACAAGCAGGGUGCAUUUAUAUAUAUGUAAACACUAUCUUUAAAGAGGUUUAUGACUUAUUUCCCUUGAAUUAAGUCUGAAGUCUGUAUUUCUUACCUAUUGGUUUCCUUCUUAGAGGUCAGUGUGAAAGAGGGUUUUUGUUUAUCCUAUCUCUUUUCUCCUAAACAAAAAUAACAAAUCUUUGUGAGGAAGCAAAAUGUUUAUUUUUUUGUUUAAUUCAAUUAAUCAAAAAUAGGUUAAACAAAUGAAAGCCUGGAAAAGGAAGUUGAGCAGCAGUUAGAGUUAAGUACAAAUCAUUCCUCACCUAUGCAGCAGAAAUGUGCAGUUCUUUCACACGAUCAUGUGAGUUUCUUUAGUUUAACCUCACACCUCUGUUUCAGAGGAAUAACAUGUAAGAAUGUAGUUUUGGUUUUAAGAUUCAUCCCCAAAUGUUUGGAGAUGGCUGUUUUGCACAAGCUGCGUUUGGCGGUGCUUCUAGUGCAUACAUAAAACAGUAAAAUAUAGAAUAAUGAAGAGGGGAAAGCAAGUAACAUUUGUAUUUGUAAAACAAAGGACAAUCAGUGAGGAAAGACUCCAUUUUCAGCCUGUUGAAUCAGUUCUGCAAACAAGAUUGACCAUAAAAUAUGGACCACAGUUAUAGGGCUGGUUUGCUCUUUACCUUCCUCAUGGUGUCUCAUUCUACAUUCAAAACUCACCACUUCCCCUAACAGCUCUUCCAGUAGUACUCCUGAUUUCCUGUAUGUCAUUUAGUUAUGUGACAGAGUGAUGAGCUAGGUUUGAGCUGAGUUCCAUGGCUAAUGUUUGCUUAAGCCAGAUACUGUUUUAGUAAAUGUCUUUACAGUAAUUAGAUCAAACUACAAUCAAACUGAUUCUACAUGGAGCUAUUAAGACCUGUUCAGAUACUGAUCUUGGUGCAGUUGAAGUAUUUUAAGAGGUUAAUAUUAAUGACAUGUUCAUGUCUGGGAAGAAAUUAGACUGUGAUAUGUAUUCAUACAGCAUUAUCAGACAGGUACAGUUUUCCCUAAUAAACUGUCAUGGCCUUCAACUAACUUUCUCAUUCGUGAAUUUGUUUGGGCACAUGAAAAGUGGGUGUAAUAAUUGGUUCGAUUUGAUGCACCUGAAGAUCUUGACUGAAAUCCUUGUUUAAAUUGUUGCAGACUACAGAAAGGUUCAAGUCUACAUCUAUAGUAGCAUUUUCGUCUUUUCCUCAGUCGUUAUAGAGUUGAAGUUGAACUGGCUGAUGGGUGGAGCGCACGGAGUUACAGUAAAGGGUGUUGCAUCAAACUGGUGGCUGGUCACCAGUGGGGUUCCACUAGCUCGAUCUUAAGCCCUGUGCUCUUCACUGUCUUCAUAAAUCACUUGGACACAGACUCAAAGGGAUUCUACGUUUGGUGAUGAGACUAAGUUGAGAGUGACUGUGGACUCCUUUAAAGGCAGAGAAGCCCCACAGGGAGACAGGGACAAAGCAGAGGGCCAGGCAAUCAUUAACCAUGUGAAGUUCAACAAGGGCUGGUGCCAGAAUCUGCACCUGGGAUAGGCAGCCCUGGAUCUGCACAGACAGACUGGGCAAUGAGAGGCUGCAGAGCAGGGCCAUGGAAAGGGCCCUGGGCUCCUGGCCCAUGGCAAGUUGAACAGGAGCCAGCAGUGCCCUGGCAGCCAGGAGGGCCAAGCGUGUCCUGGGGACAGCAGGGACAGCAUGGCCAGGUGGGCAAGGGAGGGGAUUGUCCCCUCUGCUCUGAGCUGGGUUUGGGCACUGCGAUAUAAGAUAUUAAACUACUCGAGAACAUGCAGAGGAGGCCAUGAGGAUGCUGAAAGGUCUGGAGGAGAAGCUUGAUGAGGAACAGCUGAGGCCACUUGGUCUGUUCAGCCUGGAGAAGAGACUGAGGGGAGAUUUUGCUGUGCUCUUCAAUAUCCUCAUGAGGGGAAGAGGAGGAGCAGGCACUGUUCUCAUCUCUGUGUGACCAAUGACAAGACUCAAGGGAAUGGGCUGGAGUUGUGUCAGAGGAUGAUUGGGUUGGAUAUUAGGAAGAGAUUCUUCACCCAGAGGAUGUUUGGGCACUGGAACUCCUGAGGGAAGUGGUCCAACCACUAAGCCUGACAGAGUUCAAGAAGUGUUUAGACAAUGCUCUUGGGCACAUGGUGUGACUUGGGGAUUUCUGUCAGGAGUCAGCUUCCUAAGGGUCAGAGUUGGACUUGAUGACCCUGAUGAGUGUCUUUGAGCUCAGCAUAUUCUAUGAGUUUAUGAUGUGGGAAGCCUGAACUCCAUAAAUGCUUGCUGCACUAUACAAGAACGACAGUAUUAUUUGUAUUUGGACCAAGUAUGACGUUGACCACUUAUGACUGACCGGCUACUGAGUGGUGUGGUCAGAGAUCCAAGUGUACUCUACAGUAAUGUGAAUGUAUAUUAUGUGAGACUGUGCAAGCACCAAAGGAAAUCUAACAAUUUAAAUAAAUAAAUGUGAAAGAAAGCAAAUUUGCAGUUUAUCAUAAACACUUUGGUUUCAUGUGAUUCAUGUCAUUUGUUUUCAAUGCAUCACAGUGUGUUGGUAAGUAUUAGGAAUCUAUUAUGCUUGUUGGAGUUCGAUAUCCGGAAGAGGAUCCACUGAGGUAUUGGUUUUUGUUAAAGUGCUGAGUCCUGUGAAAACUGGAAUGAACCCAUCAUGGUAAUAUAUCUAUGUAGAAUCACCAGCAAGUGGAGUGUGAGUAACAUUUCUGUUCAAAUUGUAGGGUUUAUAGUUAGAAAUUAGCAGCAUAUUAAAAUUACUAGGUGUUGAUUUCUAUUGCUAUUCUUUUGUGAUACUUGCAGAAGAGAGUUACCCCUAUGAUUUGUGCAUGUUUUCUACAUUCUCGCUACCUUCUUUCAGGGUCCAGUUGCAGGGUGUUUCAUUUAUAAGUGUUGUAAGUCCCAGUUUAGAGGGGCCAAUAGAAGAAUUUUGUGGUGAUGAAACAUGCAAACAAGCACCAACAGAACCUGGGGGAAAAAAAGAAAACCAACAAUAUGUUGCAAAUAAAAUUUGUUUGUUUUUAAAAAACUUUAAUCAGCUGCUUGCACUGAAAAUACCUCCAUUACUUGGUGAGGCACAGGUAAUUUUUUUGUGAAUUUCAAGAUCUGGUUGGCUGUACCUGAUUGUUUUGUCAGACCUUCACCAUUCCAGCUAGCAUCUUCCAUACUGGUUUUCUGCUGCAAUCUGAAUUCUUCUGGAAAGCUUAAGUGAGAAUUGUUCAGCUAUUUCUCAAAAGGAAUUCAUAAAAAAAAAAAAAAAAUUAAAA